AUGGAGGUAAGGACCAGGAGGAAGAUGUUGCUUGUGCAUGUUAUGCCUGAAGCCCGAGAUGAAAUCCCAGUUCAUUGCACGAUUACUCUUGUAGAACACAAUGUACCUGGAUGUUCAAGACAGACAUUUUCAGAAGAAAAAGCUGCACAAUGUGAUUCGUGGAUAACUCCUACUCAGUUGUCUUCAGAAUGUGUGCUUUGUACUGAGUGUUUGACACUGCUUCAAGAUCAAGCAAACACAAUUAGUGAAGGAUUGCCUGCUUUUGGUCAUAGAAGUAUAUGUUUUACUUGUGGCAACUCUAUUCUACGUGCAACUAGAACACAUAUCCUAUAUCAAGAUUGGAAAGAGUUUGUGCUGCUUGCUGGAGAUCAGCUACAAGAGAAUUGCAACGUAGUGAUCAGCACGACUCCAAUCGCCCUGGUCUGUCAGAAGCUAUUUUGCCUGAUGUUGGAUCAAGUAGCGAUCUCAAUAUUCCUGAGCCGCCCCCUCUUCCAAAACAAAACCUACACACUACUCAUGUUAGAUCAAAUCCAACAAUUAGGUCUUCUGUGUAUAAGCGUCACCACCUGGAUCAUGGCCGUUGGAGCGAAUUAA